UAUUAUAGGACGUAUGCAACAGCAGAAUAUGGAUUUUGAUGAGCGCAUUUCUGGCUCUAAUAUGUAUUUACCGAACUGCACUUACUACGUCUCCGGAGCGGACUUCUCGGGUCUCCCUCAUUAUUUAACCCAGAGCCAGUCCUCUUGCCCCAUGACCUACCCCUACCAGUCCUCAGCCCUGCCACAGGUCCCGUCCGUCAGAGAUGUGGCUUUCAGAGACUAUGGGAUUGAUACCUCCAGUAAAUGGCACCACAGCAGGGGGAGCCUAUCGCACUGCUACACCGAGGACUUGGUGCACAGGGACGGCUGGACGAGCCCGACCUCACGGGGGGGAGAGAUCCUAGCGAAAGGAAGCUCCAGCGCCGGCCACUCGUGCUCCUCCAACCCGACGCCCGCCGCCUUCUAUGGCAGCGUUGGCAGGAACGGCGUCCUGCCACAGGCUUUCGACCAGUUCUUCGACACCGCCUACGGGAGCCCGGAGAACAGCACAACGCCAACACAAGCACAAGCAACGGACGUGGACAAACACGCCGUCAGAACAAGCCCAGCUGCGGCUCAUGUGGGCUCGGACACGGCGGAGGACUUCAGCCCCAAGUCGUCCUCCGGCCACAGCGAGGAGAAACAGAGCAAAAGCAACAGUGGCCAGAGGACGCGCAAGAAGAGGUGUCCAUACUCAAAGUAUCAGAUCAGGGAACUGGAGAGGGAGUUCUUUUUCAGCGUUUACAUCAACAAAGAGAAGCGUCUGCAGCUCUCGCGGAUGCUCAAUCUGACAGAUCGCCAGGUCAAAAUCUGGUUUCAGAACAGGAGGAUGAAAGAGAAGAAACUGAACAGGGACCGUUUACAGUACUACACCACAAACCCCCUGCUAUAAAAGCUGAACAAAGACUGUGACUGGCAUGCGGACACGUAGACCCCCUCCCAUCUAGACGACACAAACUACAUCUUAUCUGGACAGGAUGACGAGUUUUUAAUGUGCCAGACUUCAUAAAGAAAUCUUCUAUUUAUACACUAUUUUGUCAUUAAACACCGUUGGCUCUAUUAUUAUUAUUAUUAUUAUCAUUAUUAUUAUUAUUAUUAGAUAGGCCUGUUAUUCUGGAUGCCCGACCAAUAAUUAACAAUUUUCUAAAAAGUCACGUUAUUGCGUGUAUGCUGUGCUUAUGCGGGAAAACAGAUGUGUCUGAAUUCCCGUUAUAUUAAUUAAAAACACACACGGAGAUCGUUGUACUGCAUUUGAAAAAAAAAAAAACUUACUUACUUUUUUCCUUAAAUUUUUUCUUUCGCCAAAUUCACAUCCACGCAACU